GUGGAUAUUCCAACAGAUGAUCUCAUAAAUUGCUGGUUGGCAGAGGGGAUCCUCGGUGAACAUGACUCAUAUGAAGAAGCCUACAACAGGGGAAUCACAACGAUUAGGAGUCUUGUAGAUGCCUGCUUGCUAGAAACACAUGAGAUGGAUUUUGUGAAGAUGCACGAUGUGGUUCGUGAUGUUGCUAAAUGGAUAGCUAAUACCUUUGGGGAUGACCACACUUCUGUUUUUCAAGCUGGAAUUAGGUUGACUGAGAUAUCACAUAUUAAAGUAUCAGUUUCUGUCAAGAGAAUAUCUUUCGUAAGCAACAAAAUUCAAUGUCUACCUGAUUGCUUCACGGAAUGCCCAGAGACAAUAUCUUUACUUUUGCAAGACAAUGAACCCCUUGUGAAAAUUCCCCAUGAAUUUUUUUUGUCAUUUCCAGCUCUAAGAGUUGUGAAUCUGAGUGCAACUGGUAUUAGAGCACUGCCUUGUUCCAUCCAUAGUUUAUCUCAACUACAAAAUUGCAAUGGGUUGAAAGAGUUACCACCUAUUGGUAAUCUUUGCAAUUUGCAAUUGCUUGAUUGUGAUAAUACAAGGUUACGUUGUCUGCCGCAAGGAAUGGACAAGUUGACAGAUCUGAGGUUAUUAAAUAUGCCUGAAUCAGAUUUGGAGAGCAGCAUCGGCCAAGGAUUUUUCCUAAAAUUGUCUAGCAUUGAAAUAAUAAAUAUGAUGGGUAGCUGUCUUGGAUCAACUUCUUUUGAUGAGAUAUCGUCUCUACACAAUCUGACAUCUCUUUUUAUUAGAUUAGAUAGCUCAUCAAUUUUCAAUAGAGACCACACCUGGAUGACUAGAUUGAAACGGUUUCGAAUUGAAGUUGGGAAAACUUCAAUUUAUAUACCAUUCAACAAGUCAAGCAGGGAGAUAAUUGUCUCCAAGUGUGAAAUUUUCAGUAGCAGAGUGGUCUCAGGCAUGUUGCAAUUUGCUUCACAUUUGUACUUGGAAGAAUUCAUGGGUCUCGGGAAGCUGUUUGCGUACAACAGUUUUGACGGAUUAAAAUUGCUACACAUAGAGAGUUGUUCUUGUGAUUUCGGAUCAACGGAAGAAGGAAGUGGACAUCAGAUUGACCCUUUGCCAAAUCUGGAACAUCUCAGCCUUGUUUAUGUAGAUAAUUUAAAGAGUGUUUCUGAUUUCGGUCAUCUAAGAUUUUCUAAAUUACGCCAGCUGGAUAUUAACAUUUGUGACAGUUUAACAUGUCUGUUCAAUGUUGGUGGAGGUUUUUCUGUACCUUUGGAAGAAAUUACAAUUAGCUAUUGUGAAGAGCUGGUAGAGUUGUUUGUGCAAUGCAGCACAAGUCGAAUUCCAAGCGUCCGGAAGUUGGUGUUGAGAUACUUACCAAAAUUAGGAACGCUGGGGGAGCCGUGGGAACACCUGGAGGAACUUAAGGUGAUAUCUUGCCAUGAAAUAAGGAAGUUGCCUCUCUCUAUUCAAACCUCCAACAACAUCAAAGUGAUAAAAGGAACACCAGAAUGGUGGAGCCAUUUGGAGUGGGACGACGACAACUUCAAGUCAAAUUUAGAGCAUUGUUUCACAGAAUCCUACUGGUAGAGGGAUCAAAGUUGAGGUUACUUCCCCUGCAUUUCAGUUAUCAGGGGACUAAAGUAUGCAGAGGAAGGAAAUUCCUGCACCUGAGAGACACAGAGUUUCGAGCUGAAGUUAACCAGUUGAGUUUGUUGUGAUGUAUUUCCUGUCAGAUGUCUUAGGUUUUUU